CUAUGACUUGUUGACAUUUUCAUUCUUCUUCUUCUUCAGACAACACAACAGAAGAGAAUAAAAAACACCUCUUCUUCCCUAACACCAAGUUUCUUUGGGGGAAGAGAGACUCAUAUGUGUAUCUAUUUGUAAUAAACAAGAAAAAGGGUAUCCGGGUUUUUGAUUUUCUUGAUGAAUUGAAACUUGAUCAUUCUAUACUUGUUAAUUUCUGGAGGAAUUGGGGAAAAAUUAUAAUGGAAUUGGUUGAUCAGUCUGAAUCUUCUCCUUUGGUUCCUCCUUCUGUGAUCACUGACACAAGUGAGAUCGAUCUUGAAGCUGGUUCUAGUGAACAGAUUCAGUGUAGGAUUUGUCUUGAGACUGAUGGUAGGGAUUUUAUUGCACCUUGCAAGUGUAAAGGUACAUCAAAGUUUGUUCAUCGGGAAUGCCUGGAUCAUUGGCGUGCAGUGAAAGAAGGAUUUGCUUUUUCCCAUUGCACAACUUGCAAAGCUCCCUAUUACUUGAGAGUUCAUGUUCCCACUGAUAGAAAGUGGCGAACUUUGAAGUUCCGAUUCUUUGUGACCAGAGACAUUUUGUUCAUCUUUCUCGCAGUUCAGCUUGUUAUAGCCUUACUGGGAUAUUUAGUUUACUUGAUCGACACCCACCAUAAGUCUUGGUUGCGUUUUACUUGGGGGUUUGAUAGCGAACUAAGCUUCUACUACCUAUGCGGUAAACAUCUUGAGCUUUCCACUAGUUAUUAUUUGUUAAGUCCUGAUUUUUUUUUUGAUUGGUUGUAUGUUCUAAAUCAUGGUGUUGCCUAUCGCAAAAGAAAGAGAUCUGUUAAGUAAUGAUAUUUCAUGUUG